UGGUGCUCAAGUUACAUACAGCAGUUACUUCACGACGCCUUUUCACUUUGACAGGAGUAAGAGAUCGUGUGGCUGAAUGCUGGAGCCAGCCAGGCUUUACUGUGAGGUCGCGCUCUUCUCCUGAGCCUCUUAGCCGUUUCCUCUGUACGCAUAACACCAUAUUAAGCCGCUCACUAUACCUAGUGUUAAAGGGCGCACUUUACUUGGCGACUGGCUUUUACCAACCGAGGGAGCAGCCAGGACUGGGCAACAGGGUAUAGCUCACAAGAUGCCGCGAUAUCCAGCGUUUUGAAGGUGGGCUAUCUGCACUGGAUUUGACGCGGACGAAGGGGACGGCCAAGGCUUUCCGGUGGCCAGGGAACAGCGAUGCAAAUUGAGCUGCAACGCAGCAGGCAACAGUAUGCGGUACCAGGACGUAGGGCUCAGCCGUCAAAGGCACUCUUUUUAAGCCUACAUGAUGAGGUCCUGGGAUUUGAGAUACCAAGACGCCGUCGAACAUGUCUUACGAGGCCAAGAGAACACUUGGACCUCUGGUUCCUUCCUUCCUCGAAGAGUGCAACACACAGUCAUAUGACACUUGAUGAGCCCGAUAAUGAAGAGGAAGCUCUGGUGGCCGCAGCCCUUUUCGACCUUAAGAACGUAGAGAGGGCAAGCGCUUCCGUGCCAUUGAACGGCAGGCCCUCGCCAUCUGCGGAAAUCCCUCCAUCCAAACGCAACGGCAGCCUCCCACUCUUCGGCUCCAGCGGCCGCAAUGCAGCGUCGGGCGCUUCGAACUGGCAGCCUGGAGUGGGCCCAGCUAAGCGCCGUCGCAGCCCGGAUCUGUAUGCAGAGGAGGAGGAGUACGUUGAUGCAGAGUGCGGGCAUGGAGAGCGGCGUAGCCACUCUCCUUCAGGAGGGUCUUCGAUGGACGAUGGUGAACCUCAGCGCCAGCCUACAAGCUUGCUGCGUGGCGCUCGGCACCCUACUGCUGCUUCGGGCAGCAGCGCCCGGGGCAUCCCUAGCUCCCAAGUGCAUCCUCCGUACCCACACCCGGUGGCCAAUGGUCGCCUCCCCCAUAGCGACGGUCGUGCAGCGGGUGCACGUGGCGUCGAUCGCCAUGCGGACCAGCAUGCACCCCCUGGGAAGCCCACUAGGAUGUUGCAUGGAGCAGUAGCAGCAGCUGCUGGCGGCAGUGGCAGUGACGUGGCCGGCAGAGGCAGCGGCAGCUUGUCGCCUAGUGAGCCAGACGGCCCCCCGUACGGCCAUGCACCACAGCACACGGCACGGACUGGGAUCAGGCCGCCAGGCCCGCUUGCCAGGUUAGCCGCCGGCGGCAGCGGUGUCGUUCCGCCGGCAGCAGCCAUACAGCCGCAAGUGGCAUUGGGCGCUGCUGCUGCGGCACCUACCACAACAGCGCGCAAUCGGGGGCUGGUCCCAAACAGCACCUCAACAGCAGCUGCGUUGAAGGCCGAGACUGGCGGUGAGAUCGGACUGGGGCCGCAGGAACCAGCCAGCGACGAUGCAGGGGUGAGCCCAGGCGCCGCCGAGGCCCCUGGGUGGCAUCCGGGUGGUGGCGAGGGAGCGCAGCCGGAGCGGGCUGACUCUCGGGGUGGCGCGGUAUCGCCUAGCAGCGGCGCUGCGGCUGCCGCCGCCAAGUCGGAACCGUGCGACAAUCAUCCCAGCUCAGGUGCUGAUGGCGGUGGCGGUGGGUUGCGCGGUAGCGCUGGCCGAGUAGGCGAUGCUGCUUGCUCCACCCAGCCGCCAUCAGCCUUGCCGAGCUUGCUAGCCACAAGGGUUCCGGGAACGGGAGCAGCAGCAGCAGCGGGGCACCUGCCGCCGCCGCCGGUUCCGGCUCAUCCACUAGCGGAGCUGCUUGCGAGCACGGGCGGCGCAGGCGGGCCGCUCGGGCCGUGGGGCCCCCUGGCUGGGUUGUUGCCUGGAGGCCCGCAGUGGGGAUCACAAGCUGCUGCGGCAGCGGCAGAGCUGAUGGCUAAGAGUCUGUCCGAUGCCAGUAAAGCCGCCGCGGCCGCCGGCAUGGAGCCGUUGCCGGGAACUCCGCCGCAACAUGCGCACUUGCACCACCUGCAUCAGCUGCAACUGCAACACCAACAACAGCAUCAACAAGCGGCAUUGAAAGCGGCGGCGGCGGCAGCCGCCGCUGCUGGCGGAGGCCCCAAUGCUGCGCUGGCUGCCGCCGCAGCGGCGGGGCUGCCGCCAGCUAGCUUGGAGUACCUGAGGGCGUUGCAUGGCGGCGGCGCUGCGUCUGCUGUGCUGGGGGCCCACCCGCUGGCGUUACAGGCUGCGGCCGCGGCGGCUGUGACCUGUGCACCGGCGGCUGGCGUCAUGAGCGCUGAUGCCUCUGGGCAAGAAGGUCAAGGCGGGCAUGGAGCGGCAGCGGCGCAGCAGCAGGCCCCGGCGGCCGGUGGCGUCCCGGAUCUUGCCGUGACACGCGGCGGCGGUAUGCCGUUCCGGCGUUGCGCACAACAUGUCUAUAUAGCGCACUUUAUUGCGCGGCAGCAGCAACUACAGCAGCAGCAACAACAACAACAGGUGCAGCAUCGCUCGCAGCUAGCACCUUUGCUACGACAUCCAUCCACCGGCGCUGCUGCGAGCGGGAGCCCUCAUCGGAGACCGGCUGCGGGCGGAGAUGCUGCCACAGCUGCGGGCACCUUGAGCGGCGACGACGAUCCUCCGUCGCCACCGCUGCCGCCACCGCAGCCAUCUGAGGCGGGUGGUGCCGCUAGUACCGGCGGCAGCCGUAAUCCCCAUCAGUCCCGUGCUCCACCGCCACAGCAACGGUUGCAUCAACAGCGGCAUCAACAACAGCACGCAUCACCGUCGGGGGAUGGAGCCUCACCUAGCCAUACCAAUGGCGCCGCUACAGCCCCCGCUUGCAAUGGAAACCUUUCCAAUGGUGUUCCCAACGGAAAACAUGGCUCCAUGCAUGCGGACACAGGUGGUUCCUCAGCCCCCAACGCAUCUACCCUAGGGCCAACCAGUGCAAGGUCCCUGUCGUCGGCUGCUUGUCCCCAUCCCCACUCCCAUCAACAACCGCAACACCAGCACCCGCACUCGCAUCACCACCAUCCGCAACAGCCCUACUCCGCGGCUGCCGCCCUCAACGCAGCUGCCGCUGUCGCAGCUGCGGCGGCCGCUUCCGGCCAGGGCCCCACCGGUCCCUUGCUUCCCUCGCCUCCCGGCUUUCCGCUUCCCUCCCCAGCUGUCGCAGCCGCCAUGAUGGCUGCUGCCGCGAGCGGCGGGCUGCCCGGCGUGCAGGCGGCAGCAGCUGCAGCAGCGCAGCAACAACAGGCAGUAGCAGCUGCAGCAGUGGCGGCGGCAGCCGCCGCUGCCGCUGCUUCCGCCGGACCGCUGGUGCUACCUCGCCCGGGGCCAGGGCCGCCGCCCCCGCCGGGAGUUGCGCCUCCGCUGCCGCCCCACAUAGCGCAGCUGCUGAUGGGGGCACCUGGGGGACCCGCACAGGGCGCGCCAUCUGCUGCCGCGGCAGCUGGCUACGGUCUGCCCUCCUUCGUUGCUGGGUUGGCUGCUGCUCCCUUUGCCGGAGGCGGCGUCGUGGCGCCGCCGCCGUCAGCCGCGGCUGCAGCCGCCGCUGCGGCAGCAGCAGCAGCGGCUGCUGGCAGCGGAGGGCCUUUUGGCCCUGGAGGCGCAGCUGCGCUGAGUGCUGCUGCCGUAGCCGCGGCUGCCGCAGGGGGCGUGUUGCCGCCCGGCGCAGGGGCGGCAGCGUCGCAACUGGCGCCUUUCUUUGGCGGCGCCUUGCCGCCUCACUUUGCUGCUGCUGCGGGGGCGCCGGGGGCUGUCGUACUCUCCCAGCACUUGGCGCAGGCCGCGCACCAUCACCACCAUCUGGCCGGUCCUGCAAUGGCAGCUGCUUGGCAGCAGCAGCAGCAGCAGCAACAACAACAACAAGCGUGACAGUAGCUUGCAGUGUCAUGUGCAAGGCACGUAAGGCAUGAGUGCUGCCGCCAAAGGGUGUGAGGAAGCGUCCUUUGACGCUUGGAUGCCUUGGUGUGGCGGGGAGAGUGAUUACGGACGUAAAAGAAAUGACGCGUCAUGUGCGGUCAUGAGUGCAAGAGCGUUAGGUGUCUGGUAGGAGAGAGGUGUUGUUUACCUAGCGAGGAAGGUAACUAAAGAGGGAUACCACUCUUUUUUAGUAGUACGUGAGCAUUCGGUGUGGUUGCGUAUGUGACGUGGGCCAACAAUUUCGAAAGUAUGGGGUGUUGCGCGGAGGGCAGCUAGUAGUGUAUUGCCCAAAUUAUCCAUGCUUUCGAGUUGCCUGGCUUUUUCCUUCCUUCUGUUGUUUUGCACGCACACAAAACACGCCUCGGUAACUAGGCGACUAAAAACCGUAAGCGGACGCAAUUACUAUAUCAUCACACGCAUGGAUAGACACCCGUGAACGGCAGUUGACAGACGGCCACCACAGGACUGGUUUAGCGGCAUCCGGAGUGUGACACGUCCGGGGGUUGCAUGGAUGGUGCUACGAGAAUCCUCUUUACGCAAGAUAGGAAUCUGCUGUGUCAUGUCCUGUCGAGUUGACAGAAGUGUGGUAGGUUUUGGAACAGCUUCUACGGAGGGCGAGAUGAGAGGACGCUCUAUGUAUUCAAUCUUGCAGGGUGAAUGUCCCCGAAAGUAUCAUGGUGGUAUCAGAACGCACAGCGGUUCACUAGUAUGGAGGCAUGUGUGCUUGAGCGCGGCUGCAGUUGCUUGGGGGCUGUGAAAGCGAGCGAGUGCCCGAGGGGAAGAUUUAGUGGCUUCAUGCCCCUAAUGCGUGAUGCAACAAACCUUACGGACGCAUGUUUGUUUCUAUGCUGAGCGCUGCUGCAGCUGUUAUGCACCCCGAAGACGACUUAACCUGCGUUUGGCAUUACUAGCCUUCCGGGCACGGUUACCUAAGCUGUGCUGUUCGUCGUUGCUGUGUUGCCACACCCCCUUUCGGACCAGUGAGUGUACGGCGGCCCUUAGGGUGACGUGAAUUGGUUAGGUAGGUUUUGCUGGGGAUUUUUGCAUGACGACAAACAGUGUGCAGUAUUAGCCAUGUGUCAUAGAAGGAAAAUGAAUAUUCAGGUAUUAGAGCUUAGGCUAUGUAUUUCAACCUGCCUGUCCCAAAGCUGUGUGGAAAUGACACAUGCCACGUCUUCUUUGUGGCAAUACAUGCAUUGUGUUUUUUGAGGCAAGCGGUGUCGAGGACGGCUCGCGAGAAAGAGGGGUGCGACGAGAGCGCAGGCAAGAGAGCGUCUGGUGCUCAAGCA